AUAAUGUCAACGCGUUCGGUUCGAACUCCGGUGAUACUGCAUUCAUAGUUUUACGCGGUUACAGUUCAUUCACAAAAGUAUUUACAAAUACGAAAUUCAGUGGCAAACAUUUAAUGAGUUAUCGAAAAAGUUGACACAGUUCUUUUCUUAAAAAUGGAUUACACAAGCACUGUAACCAACUUAGCAAAUGAGGACGGGACCGACAAGUCUGGGUUUUCCCCCGCUUUGUUAACAUUUGCUGGAGUAGCAACUUUUAUUAUAAUGAUUGUAGGUAUAUUUGGCAACUUUCUCACCGUUGCUGCUUUGUAUAAAUGUCCAAAAGUCCGAAAUGUGGCAGCGGCCUUCAUCAUAAGCUUAUGUAUGGCCGAUUUGCUGUUUUGUGCCAUAGUGCUUCCCUUCAGUGCUUUGCGGUUUAUUCAAGGCACUUGGACUCAUGGAAGUUUUCUUUGUAAACUAAUACCUUUCAUCCAGUAUGGAAACAUUGGCGUCUCAUUAUUAUGUAUAGCAAUGAUUACAAUUAACAGGUACGUUAUGAUUGCUCAUCAUGGUUCGUACGGGAAAAUAUACCGGAAGCAUUGGAUUGCGGUUAUGAUAAUCUUCUGUUGGGCAUUCUCAUAUGGCAUGCAGCUACCUACUCUCCUAGGAGUAUGGGGAAAAUUUGAUUAUGAUGAAAGGUUGGAAACCUGUUCGAUAAUGAGUGAUAAUCAUGGACACAGCAGUAAAACUACACUUUUCAUCACUGCAUUCUUAAUACCCGGUAUGGUGAUAAUCGCUUGUUACACAAAAAUAUUCUGGGUUGUACGCCAAUCAGAGUUACGAUUGAAAAAACAUGCGAAUCAGCAAAAUUCGAUUCCAAAUAAUUUAAGACCCACACAAACACCUACGGGUACUGUUGUGGAAAGCGAGCAAAAUCGAAUGUCAUCUAAUUUUGCUUCAGACAGCAGCUUCUCCACUGAUACAAAACAGGAUAUCAUGCAGAAGCCCUCUCGCAUUAAGGAUCAACGAGAGAUGAGGGCAAAACGAAAUGAAUGGCGUAUUACAAAAAUGGUGUUGGCUAUAUUUUUAUCAUUCGUAAUUUGUUAUCUGCCCAUAACAAUCGCCAAAGUAGCCGACAAAGAUGUAGAGCAUCCAAAUUUUCAUAUUUUCAGUUACAUAAUGCUGUACUUGUCGGCCUGUGUAAACCCAAUUAUCUAUGUUAUUAUGAACAAACAAUAUAGAAAGGCCUACAAGACGGUAAUUAUGUGUGAACCUUCAAAACUAUUGCCAUUUGCAAAGGGAACCGCUGCAGGUAGUAGUGCUGCAGAGAAAUGGAAAGAUACCGCAUUGAGCAACAACCACAGUCGAACAAUGGUCUCGCAAAUGUCAGUGGGAGAGCAACAAAAUUCCAACCCGAGCAAUAUGCAACAACAGUGCAGUUCCAUGGAAUUAACGAACAAAGCGCCCUCCCCAGACCCAUUAGCAAAUGCAAAUGCAAUAAUGGAGGAGAGCAGAACCUACAAAAACAACCCACAAGUGCUUCCAGCGUCGAUGCACAUAACCCAAGUAAAUUCCCUAGCCAACCAAUCGUCACUUUUCACGCUGAGAGCGCCGAGCAAGGAGCUGAAUCGAAUAGCUUUAGUCGGGGGCGACAUAAUUCUCGAGGAAGAGGAAGAAGUAGCAACGCCAACUCAACUGGAGCCAUCAACCUCCAAAGAGGAAAUAACAACAGUGAAAAAGGACGUUGCACAGAAGAAAGCCCCAUAUUAUGGCCAAAACAUAAAUGUCAUUCCAGAUAAUGACGUUAAGCUUAUCGAUAAGACAAAGAUUUAAAAGACUUUUUUAUUUGCUUUAAUACUGUUACGAUAUUUAAAUUUUUAGACAUUAAGUUUACGAAAAUAAGUAGAAGUUAAGAAUAUACUAAAACUAUAAUAAGCAACAAAUUCUGCACCAAAAAUGGCGAUUUACCGAAAUGUUAUAUUAUAAUACUUUUUAUUAAGUUUUUUUUGUUUUUGAUUGUACAUUGUAUUAUAUGUGUGUAUGUACAUACAUACAUAUGCAUGUAUAAAUAUAAAAACCCACAUACAUAUGUAUGCAAAUAAAAAAUUUUAACGUGCACUAGAGCAAUUGCCAUGUUCCAACUCCAUGUCUGAGACAGUUCAGAGACCUGUUUAGAAUUGUUUAAAAUGGCCAGAACUUCUGACCAAAAUGACAUGCCGCUGAAAUAUGUAUCAUUAUCAGAUUUUUUGUUCGAUUUAUUAUUUAGAGAUCGACUUUUAUUCGAUACUGGAUACUCAAAAGAUAAAAAUGAAUCGACCGAUGUGGACUUAAACUUGCAAAAAUUCAAAUGGUGAGAACCAAAACGGUUUUAAUUCAAAUGCACGUCUUUAAUCCUUUAUUGACAAACAUUCCAUUAAUUAUAAUAUCUAGCUAUUGCUUGCGAUUUAAUCAGUAUUUUUUCAUUUAAUAAGUACAUAUACAUAGACAUACAAACUUCCACAGAAGAGUUUAUAGAACACCUUAAUGUAUGUUGUUUUUUGUUUUUUGCGAUAUUUACCUAAUAAAUAUUGAAUUUUUUAUUUGUAAAUUUAAGAUGGGGUGCACAUUUUGCACUCGUACAUGUACAUAUGUAUGUAUGUUUAUACAAUAACCCAACAAUAAAAUAAUACGUAGCAUUAUCUAGGCAUAUGCAUAUGUGUGUAUAUAUAUAAGCGAAGCCUGAAACUGUAUAUAUGUAUGCAGCAGGGCACAUUAAACAGGUAGCACCAGCAGGGCAGCAAUUUUUAUUUUGCUUUAUUUAUUCGAUCUCUCAAUAGCAACAUUUUGUUUAAAUUACUCUAAACUGUCAAUUUUUGUUUAUAGAUUUUGACACAUUAAGGACCAAAAGAAAGCAUAAAAUACAUUGUUCUUGUUGUUUUUGUUCCACUGCUACUACCUGUUCAAUGUGCCUUGGUAUGUAUAAAUAGUGGAAAACAUCGAGUGAGUCGAGUAGUUUUCUUCAUACCAACGAUUGUGUAACAAUUAACUUUUAUUACAAGAAGCCAAUUGUUUUUAUUUAAAAAUAUAAUCACACAUAUAAUGAUUUUCAUCUUAA